AUGGCGGCGGUCCCUCAGAUGGCUGGCGCCGCUGUGGACGGCCCGCUGGCUGCCACGAAGCAGCCGGCGGCGGAGGCCUGGGACGGGUCCACCGUGGCCGGCUGCCAUACCGACGCGCAGGAGGCGUUGUCCACGGCGGCGGGCGACUCGCCAGGGCAGCAGGUGGCCCCCCUGUGCCCCGUGGCGGUGCCGCUGCAUGGGGUCGUGCAGCACUACGCAUGGGGGAAGCCCCCUGAGUCGUCCCUGGUCGCCCUGAUGGCCUCGGAGCAGCACGUGCGCUCGCGCCGCGGCGCCAUGCGGCAGCACCCGCUCAGCCGCGGCAACCGCUUCGCCGAGCUGUGGAUGGGCACUCACCCGAACGGUCCGUCGUCGGUGGAGGUCCCCGCGGCCGGCGAGGACGAGGACGACCACCGGGAGCAGUACCUGCUGGACACGAUUCAGUCCGAUCCCGCGUACUGGCUUGGGGAGGAGGACGCGGAUCGCGGCGACCUGCCCUACCUGUUCAAGGUCCUCUCGGUGCGGCAGGCGCUGUCCAUCCAGGCGCACCCGAACAAGAAGCUGGCGGAGCAGCUGCACGAGAGCAUGCCCCAGCACUACGCGGACCCCAACCACAAGCCGGAGAUCGCGAUCCCCCUCGGCAGCUUCGAGGCGCUCUGCGGCUUCCGGCCGCUGGCCGACGUUCGCCGCCACGUGCGCGCGGUGCCGGAGCUCCUGGCGCUGUGUGGCGACCCCGAGCAGCAGGACCUCCGCCAGCUGUACUCCAAGCUGAUGCGGUCGGAGCAGUCGAAGGUGGCAGAGCAGGUCAUGGCUCUCACGGCGCGCCUGGCGGAGAAAAGCGAGGGGGACAGGACGCCUGAGGAGGAGCUCGUGCUGAGGGUCGUGAAGGACUACCCAGGCGACGUCGGCCUCUUCUCGAUCUACUUCCUGAACUACGUCCGCCUGAACGGCGAGGGCGAAGGAUGGCUGAACGCACCGCGCCAGUUCAUUUACUGCGCCCCCGACGAGCCGCACGCAUACCUCUCAGGCGAGUGCGUCGAGUGCAUGGCCAUCUCGGACAAUGUCGUGCGCGCCGGCCUGACCCCCAAGUUCAAGGACGUCGACACUCUGCUGGGCAUGAUGACGUACCGCGACGACCUGCUCGACGUGCUCGUUGGCCAGGGCGACAGAGUCUCGCCGGGCGUGGUGAAGUACGACCCCCCUGUGCCCGACUUCAUGGUGUACGAGAUCGACGGCCCCGUGCCCGAAGGCCUGGCGCUCCCCCACGCGUCCAUCGUGACGUGCAUCCGCGGCUCCUUCGAGGUCGACUUCCGCCACUCCGGCGACGCCCUGUUCAGCGACGCGGCGGGCCCGCAGACGAUGUCGAUGGGCCACACCCAGUUCUGCCGCGCGGGCACCGAGCUCGUUGCGCUGGCCGCGGGCGAGGGGGCGCGGAUGUUCGUCGCCACGUACUGA